AUGUUCGUUUACGUUGUGUUUAGUCCAUUGCUGCUGACUCUUCACAGCUCUGCCUGCAUGUCCCCAAACGACACUCGGCUGGAUCCAAGAGGCUUCUCCGGUCGCUUUGUGUCAGUCCACGAUGAGCCUGUGGACUAUCUUGACUUGUCAGAGCUCGAGACUUUGGGAGAGCUUGGAUCUGGUUUUGGCCCAGAGCAGCUCCCAGUGAGAGAAGUCUCCCAUCCCAAAGAACAAGGCUUCUAUAUAGUCUCCAACGAGGCCAAAGAAUUCCUCCAGGGUCGUCUGGCAACACUCUUUGUCCCCACUUUCUACAUGUCGGUCUUUAUUGUCAGUGUGCCCCUAAACCUUGUCGCUGUUGUGAUGUUUGUGCGAUACAUCCGUCCUCGGAAGCCAGCUGUGAUCUACAUGCUCAACCUCUCCUGUGCAGACUUGUUCUUUGGCCUGUUACUCCCCUUUAAAAUCUCAUACCACUACCACGGCAACAACUGGAUCUACGGUGAAUGGACUUGCAGCGUCGUGACCGCAGCCUUCUAUUGUAACAUGUACUGCUCUGUCCUGCUCAUCUCCUGCAUCGGCGUGGACCGCUUCUUAGCUGUGGUGUACCCAAUAAACUCCCUCACCUGGAGAAGUCCCCAAACUGCCAAAGCGGUCUGCGUUUCCAUCUGGCUGGUGGCAUUAGCUGGAGUUGCACCGCUGCUUUUCUCCACACAAACGGCCCAUCUGCCAGAGCUGGGCAUCACCACUUGUCAUGAUGUCCAAGAUGCCCAAAAGCAUCAGUCUUACUAUAUUUACUUCUUCCCUGUAUAUGCCACUCUCUUUUUUUUUAUUCCCUUGGUGAUAACGAUGGUCUGCUAUGCGCGGAUUGUCAAAGCCCUCACCAAGGCCAACGUAAAGACAAGAUCCAAGAAAACAAGAGCAGUGGUUAUGACAGUCCUGGUGUUAGUGAUGUUUGUGGUAUGUUUCACCCCGACUAAUAUUAUCCUUAUGAUUCACUAUGUCCAGCUGUCUUCUGACUACAUCUACCAGGCCUAUCUGCUCUCCUUGUGCUUAGGGAGUCUCAACUGCUGCAUCGACCCCCUGCUCUACUAUUUUGGGUCUUCCCAGUGCCAGCAACGAGUCUUGGCCAUGUUCAGGAGGAGAGCGAGGCCAUCGAGUUCAUUCAAAACACAAAGUACGAGAAGCGGUGGAUACAGCAGUAGCAUACACAAAGUGGAAGCUCUGAGAAGCCAGUACGCGUAA